AUGGAGAAUACAACAUGGGACUGUAAAUACGACGUUACAAAACCACCUAGAAAGGUGGCAAUAGUUACUGCUAACAUCGAUGAGUGCGCUAGUAACCCGUGCCUGAACGGUGGAACCUGCACCGACCAAGUGAAUGGCUUCACGUGCAGCUGUGUAUUGGGAUUCAGAGGAACACGGUGUCAAAUAGACAUCGAUGAAUGCGCUAGUAACCCCUGUUUCAACAAUGGAACUUGCACCGACCGAGUGAAUGGCUUCACGUGCAGCUGUGUACCGAGAUUCAGUGGAACACGGUGUAAAACAGACAUCGAUGAGUGCGCUAGUAACCCAUGCCUGAACAGUGGAACCUGCACCGACCAAGUGAAUGGCUUCACGUGCAGCUGUGUAUUGGGAUUCAGAGGAACGCGGUGUCAAAUAGACAUCGAUGAAUGCGCUAGUAACCCCUGUUUCAACAAUGGAACUUGCACCGACCGAGUGAAUGGCUUCACGUGCAGCUGUGUACCGGGAUUCAGUGGAACACGGUGUCAAACAGGUUAGAGUCGAUGCCUGCUAUUCUUUAUUUUGAGAAGUUGCAUGCAUCACUUGUAA